AUGGCGGUCGUUCCGCUGCUUUCUACGUGCGCUAAUCUCGUCCCGUCAUCCUCAUUCCUAACGCCUGCCCUCUGCCUCUCAGCCGCUCCCAGCCACUCUCACAGUCACCGUCGUACCGUCAAACUCUGCCGCUCGCCCACUCCCUCCCUCUUCACCAGCAAGCGAUUCUCGAAUAUUCUCUUGCAGGUAGGAGACCGAGGAAGACACCCUUCUCUGGUUCGCGCUAGGGCUCUUUCUCGGUCUAUCUCAUUUUCUCCUGCGCCAAAAGCGCUAGAUUUAGUUCCCCGUCGCUCGCGAUUGGUGGCUGUUCGAUCCAGGGCGUUCGACGAGACGCGCGAGAGAUCGGCAGGCAGAUCGGGGGAGGAGAGGGGGGACGAGCGAUGGGGGAAGGAGAGAGGGGAAGAGAGUUGGGGGGAGGAUGGGGCGGAUGAUGGAUGGGGGGAGGAGAGGGCGAAAGGGGGAUGGCGGGAGCGGAAGGAGAGGGAAAGAUCAGCGGAAAGCUGGGGGGAGCGAUUGGCGGAGUGGGCUGGGGGGGAAGGCGAGGGCGGAGGGUCAGGGGAGAGAUCGGCGGAUAGAUGGGGUGAGCGGAGAGCUGCGGGGAACGGGAGGGGCGCACGGGGAGGAAGAGGGGGGCGGACCGAGAGGGGUGGGCGCGGGGGCAGGGGACAGGGUUCAGGGUUUAACCGUUACGGGGCGGAUCGGUUUGAUGAGGGGCGCGGAGGGUUUGGGGGGAGACGGCGGGGGGAGGGGGAUGGGGAAAGGGCGGAGUGGCAAGGGGAAGGAAGGGGGAUCGGCGGAAGAGGGGAGAGCGGAUGGGGGGAGGGCGGAGAGGGUUCUGGGUUUGGAUCAAGGUUUGGUGGUAGGCGAGAGAAGGUUAACAGGCGAAAGCACACGGAGCUGGCGAUAGACCCCGUGCUGGUUACCAACAUUGGCGAAGAGGCGGACGGGGGGGAGGAGGGGGAAACAGGUGGGCCAAGCGAGGGGGUGAAGGGGGGAUUUGGGGAAGCGCGAGAAGGGGGAGAGGGAAUGGGGCAGGGGGGAAGCGGAAGUGACUAUAGAGGGCGUGAUGGUAGGGAUAUCGGGGGAAGGGGGAGAGGGGGAAGCGGAAGGGCUCUGGCGGGUGGGAGAGGGGGAAGGGACACGCGGCAAGGGGGAUGGGGGGGUGAUGCGGAUGAGUGGGCGGAGGACGGGGGGGAUUGGCGGGUGGCGGAGCGGGAGGAUGACGACUGGGGGGACGACAGGGGCGCGCGGGGGGACGGGGGGAGGGCAAGGGGGGGCGGGGGAAGCUCGAGGGGGGGCAGGAGUGGCGGAUGGGGAAGAGGAGGGCGCAAUGGCGGAGAACGGAUGGGGGUUUAUGAGCAGUGGAGCAUGGGGAUGAGCAAGCGCAGGGCGAAGGUUGUGUGGGGGCGGGGGGAGGGAGAGGGGGGUAUGGGGGAAGAUGCAGAGGAGGGGAAGUCGGGGAGAGAGGGGAAGGAAGGAAAGGAGGGUAGGGAAGGGAACGAGGGGAGGGAGGGUAUGGGGGAAGGAGAAGAGAAUCCAGACGAGGAAGGGAGACGAAGGUGGUGGCAGCGGGGGGAUAAGUAUGUGCGGGGGGAGAGGAAUUUGAGGGAGGAGGGGGGUGUGGUGGGGGAGAGGACUUUGAGGGGGGAGAGGGACGUGCGUGGGGAGAGGGGUGAGGGUAGGGGGAGGGAGGGGAAGAGAAAUUUGCAAGGGGAGGGGGAUGUGCAGGGUAAGCGGGCAGAAGGUAGGGGGAUCAAUGAGGAGGAGAGGAUGUAUAAGGGGAGGGAUUAUACGGAAGGGGAUUCUGGGAGGAGAGAUUAUAAGGGGGAGGGUUAUGGGAGGAGAGAUUUCAGUGAGAGAGUGCAACAGGAGAGGGGUUAUGAUAGGAGGAGCGGGUUCAGCGGCAGAGGAAGGUAUGACGGGGAGGGGCGCAUGGAAAGAGACAGAGGCGUGGGUAACAGGGAAGGGGUGGGUGGUAACAGAGGGGGAAUGGGUAGCAGCCGAGUAGACAGGGAAGGGGGCUAUAAUGAGAGGAACGGGUACAGCGGCAGAGGGAGGUAUGAGGGGGAGAGGCGCGUGGAUAGGAACAGAGGCAUGGGCGGUAGCAGAGGAGGCGUGGAGGGGGGUUAUGAUGAGAGGAGCGGAUACAGCAGCAGAGGAGGGUUUGAAGGGGAGGGGCGCAUGGAAAGAGACAGAGGCAUGGGCGGCCAGGAGGGCAUGAGCGGGGGAAGGGGGGACAUGGACGGGGGAAGAGGAGAUGGGGAGGAGAGGGGCGGUUAUGACGGUAGGAGCGUUUACACGAGGGGAGGAGGUGAGCCAAGGCGCAUGGACGCUGGAAGCAGGGGGGGUAUGAGCGGGGGAAGAGGAAUGAAGGGAGGCAGAUUGGGCAGGGAAAGAGGAGCAGAGGGAGAGGGAGGGGCAAGAUGGGAGAAGGAAGGAGGCACGAGUGGUAGAGGCACUCGGCGAGAAUAUGCUGAAUGGGAGGAGCAGGAAGGAGAGGAAGGAGAUGAGGAGGGGAGGCGAGGAGGCGGAGGGAGAGGCAGCAGUGGUGGGAGAGGCACGUUGCGGCAGUCGUCAACAUCAGAAUCAGAAUCAGCGGUAUCAAUUUUACCUGCUGCGGUUCUUGAAGAGCCUACUUUGAACUGCGAGCAUUUCACCAACUGCUCCGGCUGCUCCCUGAAUGCUGCUCUGGACCGCCCUCCCAUUAUCGCAGAGGCAGAGGCGUUCUUUGAGGCCCGCGGGGUGGCGGGCUUUAAGCUGCACACCGCUGAUGUGGUGGAGUGGCGGUGCCGAGCCAAGCUAGCAGUGAGGGGCACAGCAGAGGAGCCGCUGGUGGGGCUGUAUGCAGCACGGUCGCACGAUGUGGUGGAUAUUCCCAUGUGCAGAGCUCACCAUCCGCGCCUCAAUGCUGCUGCAGCGCUUGUGCGAUCAGUGAUCAAGGACCUGGGUGUAGAGCCCUAUGACGAGGAAACAGGCCAGGGGAUGCUCAGAUACAUCCAGCUUGCUCUCACCACCAACGACACCUCCAUCCCAUCUUCUGAGCGAUACCUGAAAGGCAAGGUGCAGGUGACGCUGGUGUGGAAUGCGAGCAACGAAAAGUCACCCGCCGCUGAGAAGAUCCCAGCCCUGUGCAAGGAGCUGUGGCGGCAGGGAGGCAAAGAGGCGAAUUUGCUGCACUCCGUGUGGAUGAACUUCCAAACAUCGUCCAGCAAUGUGAGCAUGGCGUGGCGUGGGGGGCAGGGAUGUUGGGUGUUGAGGUUAGGCCAAUUACAAGGUGAGGGUGAGGAGGGGUGGAGAGCGGUGCGACUGGGUAACGCAAACUGGGUUGGGACUGGUUACAAGAAGGUGAGACUUGGCCCGGCGGACCUGUGGGAGCGGAGCAUCUGGGGGGGCGUGGAUGUGUGUGCUUCACUCCUGGGAGCUUUGGGCAGGCCAAUUACAAGGCGUUUGAUCUUGAUGCUGAAGCAUCUGGACUCGCUCUUUCCUCGCCGAUCCUCUGCGUUUGACUUGAUGCUGAAGCAUCUACACUCGCUCUUUCCUCGCCGAUCCUCUGUAGUGGAGCUGUACGCUGGGGCAGGGGCAAUAGGGCUCUCUCUUGCUGCUACCACACAGUGCAGUGUGCGUUGCUACGAGAUAAACGAGGCCGCCCGGGCGCCCUUCACGCGUUCUCUGGAGCGACUGCAGCCGCUGCUGCGCCACCCGGCUGCUGUGUCAUGGCACCAGGCAGACGCAGAGGCACCCGUUGAGUCCCAUCUGGACAUUCUACUGGAUGCAGACGUGGUGCUCGUGGACCCCCCUCGCAGGGGCCUACAUGAGCCAGUCUUGGCUGCGCUGCUGCAUGCUGCCAGGCAUGCCGGCAGGUUGUCACAGCAGCAGGCAGACAGUCAGUCCAGCAGCACCGCCUGGAGUGGGAAGACAAAGGCGAGCAGCGGCAGCAGCAGUGGUGGCAGAUGCAUGGGCAUGAAAGCAGGCGAGCUCAAGGCAUGA